UAUUGGUAACCGGCGCUCAUCAUGUUCCCCGUGUUGCUGAUCGUCAUUUUGGGGUGCUUGAGCCAGAGGGCUCUGGGCUGUAGCUGCAGCCACGUUCACCCCCAGUCUGCGUACUGCAACUCUGCUGUAGUGAUUCGAGGCAAGUUUGUUGCGCAGACAGACAGUGAGAAGAGAGAGCACUGGAACCAGUACAGGAUCAAGACAACCAAGGUAUUUAAGGCCCCGGAAGACAUGGGGGAUAUCGAGGUCGUUCAUACGUCAAAGACGGAGAGUCUGUGCGGCUACGAACACAAAUCCACCAACAGGAGCGAGGAGUUCCUCAUAACAGGCUCUAUAGUGGACGGCAUGGUAGUUAUCACCGCCUGCGGUUUCAUCGCCCCCUGGGAUUCCCUGACCAUUUUUCAGAAGAAGGGAUUCUCGCAGAUGUAUGAGAAAGGCUGCAGCUGCCAGAUCGUACCAUGCUACAGCGUGCCAUGCGAGGUCACCUCGGACCAGCAGUGCCUCUGGACGGACCACCUGAUGCAGAGGAGCUCAACUGGCGCAGGUUCCCAAGCCUCGAGCCUGGCCUGCUUGGACAUGGGGAAAGGUCUGUGUACCUGGGAGACCCAGAAGUCCCGGCUGCUCACCACCAUCCGCAAGUCCAAAGCACAUUAGGACCCCCGGCACGGAACCGACGCACAGCAUCCCCAUCCCAAUGUAUGUUUACUCCUUGCACAGGCACCACGGUGUACCGCUGGCUCGCACCGGGCUGCGCCUGUCCGCAGGGGGCCGUCCGCGUGCCGCGUAUUAGCGGGUGCUAGAGUUUAGCAGGUAUUAGAGGUAUUAGAGCGCUGAUACUGACUUAAAGGCACUGACUGCAGGGCCCUCUGCUGUGUGCGAGCCGCGCAUGUUGGCUGGAGGGCAGCAGCUUGAUAUAUAAAAUCCUUUCUCCUGUUACAUAGUUUCUUACAACGAGUGGGACUUCAAUAAAGAUUUUCAUGUUUCUUUUUGUACGUAAA